AGGAAGCUAUGUAUGGCAGCCAGGCUAGUGAGCGCAGCUUCACGUACUACAAGGAUGACGUAUGCAACCUCCCUAUCCAAGGAAGCAUGACGGAGGAAACCUGGGAGACAUUCCGGAAAAAGUAUGGAAGUAUGCUGAAACAAGACACUGGCGAAUGGCUCAGUAUGAAUAAUGCUGCUCUACAACAAUGGCGUGGCAAAGAGGAAUUCAAAGAUGAAUGCCCAGUUGAUAAAAAGCAACUGAAGAAAAUAAAAAAGACAGAAGCAUUUGCUACCAUGUACUUUCUGGAGUAUCUUGACAUUUUGAAGAAGGUUGAAGAAGAGAAGGUUUCAACAAUGUUGUUUCACAACUGUACUGACAAUAACAACAGCCUGGCACAGUUCAAGCAGAUCAAAGGCGUCCUGUGUUAUCUGCUUGUUGGCACUGCCAGUCGGUCUAAUACCAACGUUGGGAGUUUCGAGAUGAACCUCAGUACUGACAUCGUACAACGAUCCAACAUUACGACAACCAUGGAACGUAUGAUGAAGUACGGAUCCUGUAUCGGAAAGAAAUCGGUUAAGAAAUGUUCGCGUGGGUUAAAACUGUUUAAAGGUUGUAGAGGGAAAAAGAGAGGGGGAGGACGAAGGAAAGGGGGCAAGGGGGGGAGGAGGACAGAUAAGCAUUAAUACCAGCAAGAUGUAAACAAAAUACAUUUAACAUUCAUAAAAAUUAGUUCUGUGUGUAAAAUAUCCUCAGUUGAAACAUUUUAUUAUGAAAAACAUUGUCGUCGAGUUUAUGAAUGUAUGGUCUUUCUAGGGAUCAUAUUUUACAACAGAAAAUUAUGGAACUAAAGUUCCGCUAUGCUUGAAAUCAAAUGUUCAACUUGAACACAGUCCGAGCGUCUGUGAAGUCUGUGAGACAUUGUGUGACAGGGACAUAUGUGAAUGUCCAUCGUUUACGGGUUUUAGUCAUUUUCAGCAUUAUCGUUUAUUUAUUUUGUAUUUAUUUGCCAAGACAUACCACGCUGGUAUGAUGGUAUUGGUGCAAUGACUUUGUUCAUGUGAGAAUGUCUUCAUAUUUAUAGAGCAAUCUGAUUUUUCUUUUAAAGAAAACAUUUACUGUUCACACGUUUUAAAAAUGUGAGUUGAUGUGAGUUAAUGUGAGGUGAUGAAUGCAUAUAUAUGUAUACCCAGGAAAUACCUGAGCGUUUGUGAUCCUGUGUAACUGGUUGUCAGUACAUCUAUGGUGAAUUUGCAAUAAAAAUAUUUAAACACUUUUA